UUCAUCUUCUCUACAUCCACCAUCCAGCAACAAUGAGGACACAGGUUACACUGCUGCUCAUCUGCAUGAUUUCCUCAGGAGCAUUGUCUCUGCAAUGUUAUCCAUAUUUUUACGAUUACACAGACUAUAAGUAUAAACCCACCAAUUGCACCAAUAGGUGUGCCAGUACAACCACUUCAGUGGACAUCUAUCUCAUAAGUGGUGUAUCUGGUGUAACAUACUCUGACUGGGCUUACGAUUUUUCUUGCGGAUCACCUGAGCAGUGUGUAAACACGAGUAUAAAUAUCGGUGUGGUGAAAAUCGCCAACAAUACCCAAUGCUGCACUACUAAUCUCUGCAACAACAGAACCCUGCCAGUUAUGCCACAGCAGCCCAUCAAUGGGAGAAAGUGUUAUACCUGUAAUGAGAAUGACUGCUCUCGAACACUGCAUUGUGAGGGAGCAGAAGAUCGCUGUAUCACUGCAACAGUUGCUCAAGGACCCAAUGUAAUGUCCUUGAAAGGCUGCACAACCAAGAACGUCUGCAAUACGACUCUACUAAGAGCACAUGGACUCAUCAUAACAGAUGUGGAGUGCUGUGAGGGGAAUCUGUGUAACGGUGCUGAGAGCUUCACACUGAGUUUCCUCCUCAUGAUCAUCCCUCUGCUCUCCUCCAUCCUCUUCUACUGAAAUGCCAGCCUUUCGAAAGCCCUUCAUCUGGUCAUAUUAUGAAAUUUUCUACUAAAUUUUCUCUUUUGCAUGUUUCUCAACCAGAAGUAAGUAGCAUAAGUAGCAUUUAACAGAUUAAGUAACAUUUAAAUUCCCCCGAAAAAGAAAACAGAGAAAAUUUCAUUUAAAUUUUUCAUUCCAAUUCAACUGAAAGAUGCCAUGCCUUUUUACUUAUACAUUUAUCUCCUAAUCUACUGAUUUAAAAAAAAAUUGCUGGCAAAUUUUAAAGAAUUAUAAGUUCAAUGCAGGAAAUGAAUUCUCACUUUGACUAUCAGAAUCAUCCACUUCAGUCUCUGUCUCAUCACCUGAUCUAAAACACCGGGAUGGAAGUCAAUUUCCCAUACUUUUCAUCAGCUCAUUUAAACAUUUAGACACGUCAAAAGUACAGAGUGUGUAAGCUCUCUUCUCUGUUUGAUGCUGAUGUGACAGAGCAGGAGCAUCGCGGACGUUACAAUUAAUUCAAUUCAGUAACUAUUCAUAGCCGUUAAUCAAAAUGUGAUACAAUCACACUUUUAACUAACAAGGAAGUCUGGCUGUUUUUACUACUGCGUUUGUUAAACUGCCUUCACAGGAAGAUAUCAAGGCAAAACUAUAAAGUAGCAUAAAUAAAUAACACUGAUGUUGUUUGGGUGAAAUACAUGUUUUCUUAAACUAGACAUGUCAAAGUAUAUUACUGGCAAAAAUAAAUAAAUAAAUAAUAAUAAUUUUUUGUCAUUUUCAGCUGUACAGAGAUCUGACAGAUUUUCCCAGAUUCCCACAAAAGUCAGCAUCCUAAUGCUUCCCAAUCUGGUGCAGAAUUACAAAAAGAAAACAGAAAUGAAGUUUUUAUGUCGGUUGAGGAAUUCCUUUUUUUCUUUUAUCUGUCAUGUUGCAGUGUUUUUUCUGGAGCCUGUGUUGAUAUGUGUUAAAUGAAAAUGCCCCACUGCAUGGAUUACACUUCUGUUUGUAAAUCACUAAUGAUGUUUUUUUUCUUGCUGAGACUUAAAACUUCAAAUGAAACCAAGAAAAUAAACUGAUUGG